UACGCUGUCCAUCUUAAAUUCUUCUAAAUUUGAAGUUCUCACACUCCGUUCUCGCUCCAGCACUAACUCUGCAACUCAUAAUCUCUCUGUUCUCCCCCUGGUCUCUUCUUCUUCUUGGCUCCGUUCCCAACCUUCUUCUUCCUUUCUCAAUCCCUUCAUUUCUUCCCUAAUUGCAGUACUCUGCUUCCUCCAUUCUCCAUUCAAUUCAUCGAGAUCAGGUUCAUAUUGGGCUGAGGCGUGAUAAGUAAUUUACUUCUUGUCAAUACAAAGAGGAAAAGAGAGCUUCAAAUAUCGGUUUGAGAUGGUUGACGUUGACUCCCUGAACCCCUUCCAUCUGCCGCCCGGUAUCGUUGAAUCGUAGUCGUUGACAUAGCUUGGAAUCAGUAGAGCAUCCUAGGCCUAGCUAGUACUUCCCCAGUGUCACCAUGUCCUUCCCCGCCGCCUGUGAACCCUCCUCCUCCUCGACAGCCGCCUCUCCCGCCGAUCUAUUCCUCUACGACGUCUUCCUGAGCUUCAGAGGUGCCGACACUCGGCACGGCUUCGUCAGCCAUCUCUACAACGCGCUCCGGCAGAGAGGGAUCAGCACGUUCAAGGACGAUCAGAAUCUCGACCGCGGGAAACCAAUAACGCCGGAGAUUCUCCGGGUGAUUCAACAAUCCAGAUUUUCGAUCGCCGUUUUCUCUGAAGGCUACGCUUCUUCCCCAUGGUGUCUGGGAGAGCUCCAAGCCAUCAUCCAGUGCACGGAGAGAGACGAGACUCGAGCGGUGCUCCCAAUCUUCUACAACAUCGACCCGUCGGAUGUGAGCGAGGUCAAGAACAGUUACGCUGAGUCGUUUGCCAAACACGAGCUGGAUUUCCCUCGCGAUCCUGAAUUGCUCCGAAAUUGGAGAGCUGCUCUCAGCAAAGCUGCUGAAUUUAGUGGUUGGGGCUCCCGCAAUCGGGACGAACCGACUCUUAUUAGUAUGAUUGUGGCAGAUGUACUGAACAAGCUGGGUCGUCAUGUCUCGAACAAGCUUUCUGGCCUUGUUGGAAUGGAAAUCCCAAUAAAGAAAGUGGAAUUGCUAUUGCAUACAGGGUUGGUUGAUAUUCGGAUCGUUGGGGUUUGGGGGAUGCCAGGCAUUGGUAAAACCACCCUUGCGGAAGCUGUUUAUCACCAAAUAUCUCAUAAAUUUGAUGCUUGUUGCUUCCUGAAGUGUGUUAGAGAGGCAGCAGAGACACAUGGGUUGGAUCAUCUACGAAGCAGACUUCUUUCAGCUUUGAUAGUGGAAGAUGGUUUUAAGAUGUCAGAACAGCAACUGGAUGUGCUAAUGAGUGGCAGACUUCUCUGCAAAUGCGUCCUCGUAGUUCUUGAUGAUGUGUCUCAUGUAGAUCAGUUGGCAAGAUUGGCAGGGGAUCGCGAUUGGUUUGGAGCAGGGAGUAGAAUCAUCGUGACAACUAGAGAUAAGCACUUGCUGGAGCAGCAUGGAGUGGACUCAAUUUAUGAGGUCAAGCCUUUAAGUGGCGCUGAAUCUCUUCAACUAUUUCAGCAACAUGCUUUUAAGAAUUCCGCUAACUCCAACAGGCAAGAUUUUUCUGCACUCUCACAACGUGUUGUGAAUUAUGCCCAGGGGCUUCCCUUGGCCCUUAAAGUUCUGGGGUCCUCUUUAUUCAACAUGCAUAAAGGUGAAUGGGAAAGCAAACUGGACACCCUUGAAGAUGAACCUCCAGGGGACGUAAUUAAGGUCCUUAGAUUAAGUUUGGACACGCUUUCUAGAAAUGAAAAGAAGAUAUUUCUUGAUGUUGCUUGUUUCUUUAAAGGGGAGGAUAAAGAUUAUGUUGUGAGCAUACUAGAAGCUUGUGGUUUCCCUGCAAGCUAUGGAUUAGAAGUCCUUCGUCGUAGAUCUCUUCUGAUUCUGCAGGAUGACACUAAUGUGAUCUGGAUGCAUGAUUUGGUGCAACAGAUGGGGUGGGAAGUUGUCCGUCAAGAGUGUUUUGAGGAUGCUGGCCGGCGUACCAGGUUGUGGGAUCAUCAGGACGUUCAGAAUGUAUUGACACAAAACAUUGGGACAAGACAUGUUGAAGGUGUUACCCUCGAUAUUUCCAAAGUGAAUGAGAUGUCUGUUGAAGUUGAUGCUUUCCACAGGAUGACUAGUCUCAGAUUGCUCAAGAUCUGCUAUCUACAACAUUCUGGUAGUUCUGAGUACGUUUCCAGAAAUGAGCCGUGUCCUGAUACUUAUGACUGCAGAGGAAAUGAUGCCUAUUUUUCGGGGAAAUUAGAAUCUCUUCCACAUGAGUUGGGAAGUCUUCAACUCGCUGGACAUCCAUCCAGUAGCCCCGGUAGAAAUGACUCCUCAGUUGAGGAUUAUAAGCUUCAUUUUUCAGGAGAGUUGAGAACUCUUUCAAAUAAAUUGACUAGUCUCCAUUGGCAUGGAUAUCCAUUUGAGACAUUGCCUCCAAAUUUUUAUCCAAGGAAUCUGGUUGAGUUUAAUCUGUCAUACAGUCGCUUGAGAAACUGUUGGUCAAGAAAGGAGGCUUUUGACAAGCUGAAAUUCAUAAAACUCAGCAACUCUAAAGAGCUCACCCACGCACCAGAUUUCUCUUUCAUCCCAAACCUUGAGAUACUCAUUCUUGAAGGUUGUGUGAAGUUAGUUGAGCUUCAUCCUUCUGCUGGAUCUUUGGAAAAGCUCAUUUACUUGAAUUUGAAAGGCUGUAAAAGUUUACUUCACCUGCCACCCAGUAUUGCCAUGAGUUCGUUGAAGAUUCUUAUAUUAUCAGGAUGUUCGCAGCUAAAGAAUUUUCCCGAGGUGGAGGGGAACAUGGAAAGCCUGUCGGAGCUUCUUCUCGAUGGUACGGAUAUAGGGGAGAUACCCUCGUCAAUUCAAAGGUUAACUGGCCUUGUUGUGUUGAGCGUCACAGGGUGUAAACGCUUAGGAUCUAUUCCUGCGGCCGUUGGUAGUUGCCGAGCCUUGAAGAUACUUCGACUCUCGGGCUGUGCUGAUCUUCGGCAUGUUUUGUUCGAGUUGAGCAUGCUGGGAAAUCUAGAGGAACUCCAUGCACAAGGAACUGCUCUAGAUUGGAGAUGUCUGGUAGCUGGUGGCCAUUCGAAGCUUAAAAUAAUCACACUUCACCAUUCUAGGCAGCACGAUGUACUUUCCUCUGAAGUCUCUGAAAGUUCUCGCUUAAGCAAGUCUUCCUUUGGCCUUGUAACAUAUCAGUUCCCUUCCUUGACUCAUCUGGAUCUGAGUUAUUGCAACUUGCGGGAUCGGUUCUGGGGCAUCAGUUCUCUGGCCAGCCUGAAGGUUUUGGAUCUAAGCGGAAAUGACUUUGCCAGAUUGUCGAGAAAGGAACUCCCGAAAAACAUCAAAGUUCUUCUCUUGGCGAAUUGCGAGAAGCUUCUGUCCAUACCAAGGCUGCCGCCUACAACAUAUUCCUUGGAAGCACCAAACUGUACAUUGUUGCAAUUCAUGGAUUACCCUGCAGGCAAUGAAUCGGGAAGAAUGAGGGGCAUUAACCUCAUGAAUUGCUUGCAAUUGGGUACUGAAUCCCGAUCGGGCCAUGGUCCACGAAGCUAUUGUGAAGUAGCUGUCAGGUUGCUACUGUCUCAAAUACAAAAGAUGUCUUCACCGUCGGUUGAUGUACUAUCUAUCAUCAUCCCGGCGAGCAGUAUCAUACCAGAGUGGAGUCCUUUCCAGGAUGUGGGUUCUAGCACAACCUCGUUUAAGGUGUCUGGAAGCCACUCGUGGAGCAAUGAUGGUCUCAAAGGCUUGGUCGUGUGGGCGAGUUUUGAAGUCCGUGGCUCAGUGGCUCGGGGUAGCCUCAGCCUCAGCUUCCGUAUUGUGAUCGACGGCGCGAAUGUGAUCUCUGAUGUUGGUUUCGUGGUGAGCGAAAAUACCAGGGUUGAUUCGGAACACAUGUGGCUCCGUUUCAUCCCAGCUCUUCUCUUCAAGACGAUGCCGUUCGGUGGGCCGUCACAGUUGGGCGGCUGGGCGAUGUCUGCUGCAGCGGCUGUUGAAGCUAACAGCCCUGACUUGGUUGUGAAAAGCUGCGGGCUGGCGCCGGUGCGCUGCGGCGAGGACGGUCGUUUUUCCAAACCGGAAAAUUUGCUACAAAAUGGUGGUAGGAGUAACUCGUGGGCAAGACCAGCUUCUGAGGGACCUAGGUCUAACAUUGGAAGUUACAAGUAUUCUUUGGUGCAUGAUAAUGUUUCUUCUGGUAGCUAUCAAACAGCAACAACACGUGUGCUUCAGAGCAGGAAUGCAUCUGGACCCAUUCGGUCGAUUGACAGCAACACAAAGGUAAAGGCUCUACCUCAGCGGAAUCUGUUGAAACUUGCUUCCCCUGUCAACAAUGGCUUCUCUGAUUUUGGAGCAAAUGCUCAUGGAAGACCUUACAUGGACAAGAAUCGAUCAAAUGUCCAUGUUGGCAGAACCCUCAAUGACGAUGCACUGGGUGAGCAGAAUCGUGGACCUAGAACAACCAAAUCCAAAACUCAGUUAGCUGUUAAAGUAUACACAGCCAAAGUUGGUGAUCCUAAUGCAGAGGAAAAUAUCAUAAUUUCUUCUGAUCAUUACAACAGGGAUGAUUUCCAAGUUGACUACACUUGUGGAAAGUUCUUUGUGAUAAAAUCAUAUAGCGAGGAUGAUGUUCACAAGAGCAUCAAAUACAAUGUUUGGUCAUCAACUCCUCAUGGGAACAAAAAGCUGCAGAGUGCCUAUGAAGAUGCACAGAAGAUAGCUGCAGAUAAAGCUAGCAGUUGUCCCAUCUUCCUUUUCUUUUCGGUCAAUGCAAGCGGACAGUUUUGUGGUGUUGCUGAGAUGAUUGGUCCAGUUGAUUUCAGAAAGGAUAUGGAUUUUUGGCAGCAAGAUAAAUGGUCUGGUAGUUUCCCUGUGAAGUGGCACAUGAUUAAAGAUGUACAAAGUGGCAGCUUAAGGCAUAUUAUCUUGGAGAACAAUGAAAAUAAGCCAGUUACUAAUAGCCGAGACACUCAAGAGGUAAUGUUCAUGCAAGGCCUGGAGAUGCUGAAGAUUUUCAAAAGCCAAGUUUUGGAUACUUCUUUACUCGAUGACUUCACCUACUAUGAGAACCGGCAGAGAAUCAUGCAAGAAGAAAAAACGAGGUUUGCAGUUAAGAGGUUUGGAACUCCAUUCCUAGCAGCUGCAUUGGAUCCCAAUCCCAAACUCAAUAGUCGAGUUGGGAUUCCCUCAACUAAAUACGAGAAAGCAGCUGUUCAGGAGACCCAGGCAUCAUCUGGCACAGCAAGAAUCGCUUCUAUAUCCGAACCCCCCACCAGAAGUGAGUCCUCUGACCGUGCAGUUGCUGAGGUAGACAACAGUGUAGUAGCAGCUACCACUCUGAAGAUUGGAUCGCUCAAUAUAAACCCGAGGCAGCCUCAGUCCAUGGCAAGCCCCGACCCAGCUGGAACAGCUACUGGCAGCAACGCUGCUAAUGUUGUCACUGUAGGAACGGUCCCAGUUAAAGUCAAUGAAUAUGCUGAAUCUUCUGGGGUUUUAACUUUUGGCACAAUUCCACUCGAUUCGAGGGCUUUGCCGUGCGGGAAGGGAGUUGGCGGUGGUGGUUCAGCGACAAGUGCACGCUAAGCAGCUAGCUGGGUUUGAUUGAUUUUGAGGUGGGCAGGAACAGUAUUUUGGCGGGGUAAAGGGUUUUACAAGUUUUUUUGUCACGGCGGGAAUUGCUGUAUACUUCAGAGUUGCACACUUUAUACCAUUCUCGGUUUGGAGGGGGAAGCCUUGAUCAUUGAGUAAUGCCUUAGUGGGAAGUACAGGCUGCGGGCGUAUGGUUUUACUGCGGUUAUCUAGCGUUUCGUUGCUUUUCAUUUUUUCCUGUUUUUUUUUUUUUUUUUUUUUUACAAAGGGCAAAGAGUUUCAUUACUUGUGGCAGAAGCCAUCGGUUACAACAGAGGAGCAAUAACAUCAAGUACAUGAA